CGGCACAUCUUGCCAUGGCUCUAGGAUGCUGUGUGCAGAGGAAUGCAGCUGUUUCAAACCUGGAUACCGAGAGUAAGCUAACAGUCCACUAUCGAGCCACAUGGCAUCAGCAGGAAAAUGUCUUUCACCCUUCGACCAGACCACCGUGUGUAGAGGAACUUCACCGAUGUGACAAGGAGAACCUACAGUUCCUAAACAGAGAGAACCAGAGACAAGUGGGAGAGAGAAGAAUAAUUAAGCCCCCAUCUAUGUUGCCCCCACCAUUGCCUUUGACACAGCACAGCCACCUGCUCAAAACACAGAGGAAGCAGCAACUCACCACGUUUCACAGCACCCGUUCAUCUUCCCUCACUGAAUGUUGCCAAAUGACCCCAUGGAGUAGAAAGUCUGUUCCACCAGUUGAUGGUGACAGUGACAUAAUCGCAUUGGGUCAGAGACCGAAGCAUCCAAUACCAAACAUCCCAUCAACACUAGACAGGCAAACCAAUUGGAUCAAAGAUCUACCUCUUCCCACACCAGAGCAGAAGAUGCGUCAGGAGGCCCAGGCCGUUACGUCCUGUGUUAUUCCCAUUAAUGUCACUGGAGUGGGUUUUGAGAGACAGGUCAGUGGCCGGUAUUCCUUCGUUCACCCUCAGUCUGUGCUGCAGAGAAGACGGAAGUUAAGAAGGCGAAAAACUAUCAGCGGGAUUCCCAGACGUGUGCCACAAGAAAUAGAUUCUGACGAGUCUCCCAUGGCUAGGGAAAGGAAUGUUAUUGUACAUGUCAAUCCAGACUUAGCCUUACAUGGGGAUGAGAUGAACUCCACCGGUGGACGAUCUGGAACCAGGGACUCAGAGUGCCAGACAGAGGAUAUUCUAAUUGCUGCACCAUCAGCAAGACGGAUCCGUGCCCAACGGGGCAAUGGUAUCCUAUCCUCAUUGUCCCAUUCAGCUGGCAAUAUCACGACCCUAGCGGAUGGCUCAGAUGCAAUGUUUCCUGCACCAACUGACAACCAUAUUCGUUCGCGUAGCCUUUCCCAUGAAGGCGCGAGAGUUUCAUUGCUGCCGCGUGAGCUGAACGAUGAGGAUGAGGAUGAAGACGAUGAUGAUGAUGAUGAGGAGGAGGAAAGUGUUAGCGGUACGCCUGAAAAAUAUUUGGCAAGCUCAGAGAGGACACAGGAAGACGAUGGAGCAGGGUUAUUUCUUCCAAGCCCACAUAAACAUCAUUCAAAGGGUAUUACUGUUCAACCAGAACAAAGUCCAGAACAUAAGGGCCAAUUGGCAAAGUUAUCCAACUUUGCACAAGAGGGAGACAUGGGUAACAGUGAAAUCUCCUCAAACUCUGAUACCUUUGGGAGUCCAGUCAACAGCAUCUCCAGUGCAGGAGCUCUCUUAAGUAGUCAGAUGGAUCAAAAGGAAGAUCACCAAUCCUCCAGUGGAAACUGGAGUGGGAGUAAUUCAACAUGUCCUUCACAGACAUCAGAGACGAUCCAUACUGCAUCUUCACCUCCACUCACAGGAUCGUCACACUGUGACUCAGAAUUAUCAUUGAAUACACCAGCUCACACAAACUAUGAUUCAUCAGCUUUCCUACUGGAACAGUACACAUAUCAAGGGGAUAAGAUCAGAGGUCACAGAGCAAACUCUUUUACUUCCACGGGGACAGAUGUUGUUGAGGAUCUCAGCAUGAGUAACACAAGUGAUGCUGAAUGCAACUAUGUACACUAUUGUCAUGAUGCAUCUUGUCAUCAAGAUUUUAGUCCAAGGCAUUCAAGGACCAAUAGCUUGGGAUGUCCAAGUUUCACUAGCAUGGGUACUUGUGACAGCUUUCUUGACAGACCAUCCUCAUCUAGAACUGACUCGGGCUCACAUUUUUCUGUUGAUACUGAAGGCUAUUAUACUUCCAUGCACUUUGACUGUGGUUUGAGAACUACUAGGAACUAUAUUCUUAACUAUACAUCCCCGGGCUCUGAUGGAAUCCAGAGCACAGGAUACACUUCAGAGUUUAGCGAACUUCCUCAGCGGGAUCAUUCGGAGCCAAGAAAGCAGAGCCAUCAGGGUCCAAGUAUUGCGUUCAAGAAGCCAAAGGCAAAGCCGACCCCACCAAAACGCAGUUCCUCGUUGAAGAUGAGUGGAAGUGGUACAAAUCAGAAUGAAAAUAGCGAACCAAAGACAAACAAUGGGCAGGAUUGGACUGCAUCUUCCAGAGAUGCACAAAAGUCUUUGCAACUGGACCUGAGUCUUGCAUCGGACAGGUUUAAAGGUUCCAUGCUGUCCAGUAAAAAGGACUUUCCCUGGGAUCUCGAGAGUGAAUAUGCAACUGACAAUGAAUCAUCAGACCCUCAGUUUAGCUCUUCUGACACAGCAACAUUAAAAGAUGAAGGUGCUGUGCAAUCAGACUAUGCAGGUCUCUGGCUCCUAAACGAUUUAAAGUCUAAUGACCCAUACAGGUCACUGUCCAACUCCAGUACUGCCACAGGCACAACAGUCAUAGAAUGCACAAAGUCUCCAGAAGGGUCGGAGUCCCAAACAUCCCAGUCUGAAUCACGUGCUACUACCCCAUCCCUUCCCUCAGUUGAUACUGAAUUUAAACUGUCUUCUCCAGAUAAAUUGGCAGGCUUGGCGUCACCGUCUAGUGGGUACUCCAGCCAAUCUGGAACUCCAACCUCAACCUUACCUACACCUCUUUUCCCUGGUCCCCUGUCUCCAUGCAGUGCUAAAAAAAAGCCAAAAGUACCAGAGAGGAGGUCUUCACUACAGCAGUCUUCCACAAGGGAUGUAAAUGUUGCAUCAAAGAAGGAUCUUGAACUACCAAUUAUACCUCCAACGCAUCUUGACCUAAGUGCUCUUCAGAAUCUAUUUAAAAACAAGCCAUUUGCUCAGAAGAAACAAUUACAGGUCUCAAACCAGGACAAACAAAAAGAGGUAGCAGAAAGAACUAAUGGCUCCCCAGUCACGCUUGCCAUUACCCCUUCAGUUCUCCAGUCUGUGCAGCUUCGUUCAAUUAGCAAAGCCAAGGAACUCAAAGAGGAACACAGAGAAGAUCUUGACGAAACGCAAGAAGCAAGCAAUAUGGUGACUGUAUUGUCACCAAAUAAAACUAAACUUAACAGUCAUAAUAAAUCAUUAGCUACACAGAAGCAGGCUGAAUAUUCCAGUUUGCCUCAACAAUUACAAGUCCUAUCUCCCAACAAGGCAGACACAGAUGUUUUACAUUUAGAAAAACAUAAUGCACUUUGUCCAGAAAAUAAACUGAAUGAAGAAAGAAUUGGAGCUAUACAUUUGAUUUCUACGACAGAGAAGCCUUUAACUCAACUCACAGAACCUAAUGAGGCUGCAGGGUACAUAAACCUUGAAAACGAGCAUACAAUUGCAAAAGCAGGUUGUCAGGCAGUCUCCAGUGGCUGCAGCAGUAUGAACGAAAAUAAUUCUGUCACAGAAAGCGGUCGACAAGUAAAAAAGCAAGACUUCAGCGAACUUAAGACGGAUGCAUCGCCAAUGUUAUUACAAGAAAAGAGGAAUGAAGAGAAAGCUGGACGUGUGUGUCCACCAUACAGUAGAGUAAUGGAAAGCUUGACUAUUGUAAUACAGUCCCCUGAAACUGUAGAAAAGAUAGAAAAGAAACUUGACUUUGACGCAGCUGAUGGUGAUGAAAUUGCACCUCAGGAAAUAGUUCAACCAGAUUCAAUAAGUACUCAGAGGCUUGAUAAAGAAAGAGAAGAGAGAGCAGUCAUGGCACCAGACAGUUCUCCUGAAAGUGUUACUGAUGGCAGAAGAGCUGCUGAAAUCCUGUGUGAGGGGGCAAAUGACAGCCAGGACAAAGACUACUUAGAUGCUGGACAGAAUGAAAGUUAUUUAACUUCUCCAGUGGAUUCCCAGACUGAUGACGAUAAUGUUUUCAUAUCACCAAGCAGACUCCGCACCACAGAGGAUCUCUUUGCUGUGAUUCACAGAUCCAAGAGGAAACUCCUUGGAAGGAAAGAUUCUGAUGACGCACCAAAUGUAAACAAACCGAGAUCUUCUCCUGGCAAUUCUCCAGUAACUCCUCUGGCUGUUCAGAAACCGCCUGGCCCUAUUUAUAGGAGUGUCCGGAAAUCCAACACUUCUCACGAGGAGUUUAAGCAACUGUUGCUUAAAAAAGGCAGCCGGUCAGAUGUAAGCUAUAGAUUAUCUGCCACUGAAAUCCUGAAGAAUGCAAGUCCAGUUUCUCCCAAGUCAACAAGAGAAUCGUCUCCAGAACAGGCUAAAGAGGCUGAGGAAACUUGUCUCUUCCCUUCUGGAUGUGAAAUACAGUCACCAGUUUCUCCAUACUCUCCGAGGUUCAGUACGGAAGGAAUCUCCUCCAGGAGUUUUGCCAUGACUACAUCUUCUCGGCCAAGCCGAUCUCGAGCCCCUCCAGCAGCUGGUAGCAGUCGAUACAGUGUCCGAAACCGCUUCCACAGUACACCUAUGCAGGUCAUUUCUGAGGGCGAAGCUGAGAACUCAGACGGAAGCCCUCAUGAUGAAAGGACCUCACAGAACACACAAUAAAUCAUUUCUGGGGGAAGCAAGAAAUGUGAAAGUAACCUAAUUGUGCAUGUGGUUUAGAUUAGCAAUGUUUACACUGAAAGCUCUAAAGACAGGCUGAGUUUUUGUUUGAAAAACAUUAAAGAUAACAACACUGCCUCCCAAGGGUAUUUAAAAAAAACUACUGAAAUAAUGGGGAUCUUUUAACGUAAAUAAAGUAAUUGUUUCUUGAAACUCUUACUAAAGAGAUAACACUUGCUUUGUUACAUAGGCUAUUUUUUUGAAGUAUCUACGGUAAAGCAGAAGAAAGAUUUUUCGAUUAUUCCCUAAUAAUUAAUUAAGACAAAAAGCAAAGACUGUUCAAAGGCUUUAUAGGUAUGGUAUUUUGAACUGGAUCCCUUUAAUGGGCUACCGAGGGAGAGCCAUUUCCUAAAAUAAUUAACAUUUGCUUGAACAAUGAUAUGACUGUUGAACGAAACAUAUAGUGCAGAUGUUGGUUCUUCGUGUUUCAAACUAAGAGAAGAUUUUCUAAAACAAUGAGAUACGCACAGCAUAGAGUUUUAACACCAAUGUAAGUACCAUCAUUUUGGUAAAUUUUAAAAUACGUAUUAAUCCUCUGAGCAUGUCACAUUUUGUAAUUUACAUCAUCAAAACAUGCUGCAAACUACUGUACUGUAUUUUAAAGUCCACAAAAUUAUAAAACAAUGACGAUGCUAGAUGAGGGCAAAUACAUAAGGAACAUGUGUUUUUUUAAAAAAGAGUAUUCUGUGAAUCUUAAUCAUACCCUAUCAUUUUACUGUAUGACUUGACAGAUCACUGGAUUAAUGGUAGUCCAUUCUGCAUAUUAUUGCAUAGAAUAAACCACAAUGAUUUGGGUGGAUUUUUUCUGUUGAUCCAGGUUGAGGUAUCCUGCUAUAGUUAUUUUCAAAGAAAAGAUUUAAUGCAUAAUAAAAUAAGCAGUUUAAAAUAAUUAUACAUUCUCUCAAGCAGUCUUCCAUUCCAACUUAAAUGUAAUUAAAUUGUACUAUUUACAGAGAAAAUACUUUUACACACUCAAAGGAUUAAUACUGUACUAUCUAAUUGUGAUCAAUUAGUUUUUUUAACUUGCUAAAAUCAUUCUAUAACAAUAUUGAAAGAAACUAAAGAAAUUAAUAUUUUUGUGAUUAAUGCUGAGUUACCAGUGAGUAAAACACCAAGAUUUGCAUGUUUGCAAAAUGCCAUAGUUUAAGAUCUUUUGUACAAACAUUUCACAACAAAUGAUGGGAGGUGGGGAUGAAGAAAUCAAACCGUGAGGCAUUUUAACACGGUUUAUUGUAUUUGUUACUUUAUAAAUACUCUCCCAUAUUAUUGUGAGUGAAGUAAUCUACAAUCAUAUAGUGUACAGAAAUCUAUAAAAAUGGGUUUAACUGAAAAGACAAAGGAUAGGUUUUUAUUGCAGUUUAUCAAUAAAUGGGAGGGAAGAGCAGUGAGUAUAAUAGGUUCAGGAAGGAAUUUGUGAUGUUGGAAAUUUAAAAGAAUGGAGAAGAGAGAGCAACUACUUCAUAAGUACUGAAAAUGGAUUAUUCAAAACGGAAGAAGAAAAGGAGUAACAGUGAGAGAUGAGUGAUAUGCGAAUGGGUGUGCAAAAGGGAUUUUUAAAAAAAAGUGCUGAUUGGUCCAGAAGUGUUCAGUAAAGAAACUUUGAGAGACGAUGGUAAUCCCGUUUAAGAUUACGGAGACUGAAGAGGAGAAAGCAACAGAGAAACUGAAACAAACAAAUGCAAUGUUCCAGAAUACCAAUAGUAGCAGUUAUUGGUGGACAAUGAUCAAACUGACAUAAAACAUUACAUUUUUUGUUUUUUUUAAAAAAAGGACCUGCUUUUAUUUUGGUAAAUAGGAUGAUCCCUUUGGUUUAAUUAAGUGUGUAACCUAGAGCAAAGCACUGUUGAUAUGUUUACUUGAGUGUUUACUCAUCAGCCUUGAUCAAUUUGAAUGAAUCGACUGUUACAAACAUUAGAGCUAUCAUAUCUAACCAGACCCACAUGUCAACUAGAGCAUCAAUUACACAAGAAACUUGGGAGAAUAAAUUGCACAAUAUAUUACAGUAUUCGCAAUUUUUUGUCUUGGCUACUGAUAAGGUUGCUCCUGUGAUAUCAGUUUCCUUGCAGUAUGAAUCAGUCUCUAAAUUACUACUAAUAAAUAAGUCAGGGUUUAUGAAUGACCACAUUUAUCUGUGUGAUAUGAGCUGUGAAUUAAGCAACACGUAACAGAUUUUAGUCACUUCGAUGUGUAAAGCACACAAAAUAAAAAAGAGCUGAUGCAGAGGUUUCCAGCAAAAUGACUAUAUCAACUGAAAUCCAUAUUGUGCCAUAUCUUCCACCUAGCGUGAAUAUAUGACUACAUGAAGUUAUUUAGAAAUGAAGAAAAGAAAUUCUUCUGGACAGUUUAGUUGUUAAAAUAUAUGGUGCAUAAUUAUCAAAGAGACUGCUUAAGAUUUUUAAAAAACACACACAUAGAAUUACUGAUGCUCUGACAGCACUGCCAUCUUUUGAACAAGGUGAACUAAUUAUAUUGUAUGCAUUAAUUUUGUGGACCAUCAUUCCAGUGUGUGUGUGUGUGUGUGUUCUGUUGUUUGCACUGAAGUGUAAGACAGUGAGUGUUUGAAAUUAUGCGGCUGCUUUCUUAUAGCAUCUGAUGAUUCCUAAUUUAUAUAGGCUUUCUUCCUGUUUAUUUGGCAUACAAGGAUCUGCACAGUUUAAAUAAAAAUGUAAAAGGUCUCUAAAGAAUUAUGUCUGGGUUUUUUGCCAAAGGUUGAAUGAAUGCAUCUAACUGCAUAGUGGCAGAGUUUAAAAACAAAUAUUGGUUUUGGUUUAUUGUAUAAAAACAAAUUAAGAGAAGAAUACAGUGUAACUGUAUUGGUACUAGAACCAGUUAAAUCUGGAAGAAAAGAAUGAUUUAUGGAUUUGCAGCAAUUUUAUAAUUUUUUUGUAAUAUUUGUAAAUAUGGACUUUUUAAAAAUGCCGAGAUGCUUUUUGUAAAAUGUUUUCAAAGUUUACAUUAAUAUCUAAGCCUUUGUAUAUUUUAGAGCUGUGCAACACUUUUAAGUCUUGUAUUUAUUUUUAGUAAAAAUUGUGAAACUUUCCCUGUGAAUUCUCCCCAAGUACAGUACAUUUUGCCAGUCGAGUCUGGCUGCUUUGACAGUGUGCAUAGAGGCUGACAAUAAAUGUGACUGCAUUGGAUCGGCAGAUAAA